AUGGAUUCUGAUUUAUCGAGUCCCAUUACAGAAAAUGGGGAUUCGGAAUCGGUUGACUUCUUUUGUGCCCAGUUUAAUGCAAAGUUUGGCGUUUCAACAACUAAUUUACAACAAGUUUUAGAUAUUUGUGAUGCGUUAUUCUCGGAUUUGCAUCAGCAACAGAAUCCAAUCGAUGUUAAUGGUAAGAUUGAAAAGCUUAAGAAGAAACUUAAUGAUACUAGAGCGAAAAAUUCGGAUUUAAUUGGCGAAAUUCAAGAUUUAGCAAAUCAAAACGAAGAAAUGCAGAACAUAAUCGAAAAUUUACAACAUGAAAUUAAUGCUCAAAAAGAAAAAUGCAAUUAUCUUGAGUCAAACCUUAAUAAUUCUCAAAAUCAAAUUGCAGAACUAAAGCAAGGUCUCGAAAGAGGCACACAAACAAAGAACAACCUUCAGAAAUCAUUAGAUACACUCAGCGAUAUGUAUCAAGAUCAAAUUUCUGAAGUUACAUCUUUAGCUCAACAAAGAACUCAGCUUCUGAAGAUAAUUCAGAAACAAAAACUGCUUAACGAAGGAUUUGAGAAUGAAGCAAAGAGCGUUAAUGCAAAAUCUCAGGUUAAACAAGUUCCUGCUCCAAUUCCGGAUAAUUUUGUCGAUUUAUUUACGAUUCUUGCAUCAAUCACUAAAGCUGUUUCAGAAGUAUUGCCUUCAACACUUCUUCCUGAACUUGUUAAAAUCAGAGAUAACGCAGAAUGCUCGCCAAUUGACAGAGUAACUCAAAUAAUCAAUACAAUUUGUACAUCUAAUAAGAAUUUGGAAUCGACAAUCAAUGCAAAUAACGACAAAAUCAACGAGAUUACGCAAGAAAACGAGAAAUUGCAGCAAAAUGUAAUUAACGUAUUAGCUUUAUUCGAAGAAGAGCUUUCAUUUAUGCAGAACCUAUCAACAUCGAAUGAUAUCAGUAGUUCGUUACUAUACAGACCAGAAAUUGGAGGUCCAAUACACUUAGAUGAAAAAUCUCGAGAAUUCCUUAUAAGAAGAUGUGCCAAUAAUGCCAAAUUCAUACAAGAAACGAUAUCAACAAUACGUAUAGAAGACAUACAAGAGUCAAUUGAAAGCGCAGACCCAACUCAUAUUUUUGAUCUUCUUAUUCCAAACAAUUUAUCAGAUAAACUGCAUGCAUUCUACAACAGAAUGGGAUCUAACGAUAACCCAAUCUUCAGAGAGCUGUUUGACAUGUAUGCUGCCCAAAUAUUCUCUAAUUCUCUUCUCCAAAACCACUGUGUUGAAGUUAGAUCGAGAUACGAGAUACUACAACGUAAUUUGAACCAAGCCAAACAGGAAUUAGAAGCAAAAGUGGAACCAAACAAACAAAUUCUCAAAGAAAUCGUCAGACUUCGGAAAAGAGAAGAAAAAAUCAAAAUUUUAUUGAGUCAGUUCUUCGAUGUUGGUGAAGAAAGAAAUAUAGUGAAACUUGUAUUCAACGCACUCAAGACUUUGACAGCAGAAAAAAGUGAACAACAAAAAAUUGAAGAAAAAAGUGAAGAAAAUCCGAAAUUUGAAGAAAAAGUGACAGAAAAAAGUGAAAUUGAAAAUGACGAAAACAUCAAAGAAUUAAAUGACAAAAUAGAAGAUUUAACACGUAAAUUGGCCAAUGCUAAAGAAAUGAAGCAAGAAAUGGAAGAAAGAAUGAAUGAAUUACAAAAUGAUUUUGCAAACAAACAGAAAUCGAUGGAUGAAGUCAUUUCCAAGUACAAAGCACAGAAUGAAGAGUCAAUAAACCAAUUAAAGUCCGCAACGGCACAAUUAGAAGACUUAAGACAUGAAAACACUCAAAAAACAGAAGAAAUUUCACAAUUAAAGGAAAAUUCGACUGAAAUCAAUGACCAAUUAAGAGAAGCGAAAGAUUUGAUCCAGCAAAUGAAGAUAGAAAGGAGAGAACUAAAACAGCACGUCGACAUGCUUGAAACAGCAAACAGGAAAUCCAUAGACAGACUCAAAGAAAAAUCUCAAUCUUUGAGACACGAAUAUGAAAAAGCUGUUCAAGAAACACAAGCUGAAUUAGCAAGUGCAAGAAUUGAACUUGAAACAACAAUGGAUGAUUACAGGAAACUAUUGGCGAAGAGUGAAGAAAAAGACGAGAAUUUGAUACGAUUACAAGCAAUGAAUAAAACUUUUGAACUCAAAUUAAAAGCAAUGGAUGAAAAGAGAAUGAGUGAAACGAAUUCAUUGCAGAUGCAAAUGCAGACACAACUUGAUUCAGUUAUAGCACAAAGUAGGGCCAAAAUCACACAGAAAGAAGAAGAAAACUUGGCUUUGAUUGUUACAUAUUCUCAUAGAUUUGAAGAGAGAUAUAAUUUGUCAUUAAUUCCUUCAUCAUUAAGUGAAUUUCUUGAAACUCUCGAGAACGAAUUGGAGAAGAAAAACAAAGCACAGAUUGUUUAUGAAGAGACUGUUUCUGAUUUGUUGAGAGUUCAGCAUUUGCUGAAUCUCCUUCCUUCAUCAAAUAUAUUUGAUGCUGUUAAUGAUUUGUUCGCUGAGAAAGAGAAGUUAAAGCAACAACAUGAAUCAGAUUCUUUAGAAAUCCAAAAAAUGACAGAAAAAUUCGAUGAAACAAUUAAAGAAAGAAAACAAACAUUAGUUCAAAUAGAAGCAUUGCGAGAAUGGGAUAACUGGGCAAGAAGAUUGCAUCGAAUAGUAUGUGAGAGAUCUUGCACAACUUAUUCAUCUGAAAAGCUCAGAUUAAGUUUGGAAGAAGCAAUUUUGUCAGCUGUUUCUCAAAAAACAAUUUUGAAUAGAUUGGAAAAUUUGAGACAACAAAAAACAGCUUUGUUAUUGGUUGAUAGACCAAUAUUAACUACAAGAACACAGACAAUUAGACCCACAUGGGCCUCAAUUAUAUCUGUUUGUGUUUCUUGCAGAAGAAUUCAGAAAAUGGCAGGAGCUGUUUCUAUUAUUUCGCAAACUCCUACAACUGUUGAAUUAAAUGCUUCUUACACUUCUUAUGAUUCUUUAAAUAGCACGAAACCAUCGAAUCAAAGUGAUGAAUCAAUAAGAUAUCCACCACUGUUUACUUCAUUGUAA